AUGGAUGAAGCAAUAGGAACAGACAGAGUAAAUCACACAAAAUAUAUGAUUGAUCCUAAUAUGUCUUUCCUUGAUCUCGCGCAUGAAAUAACUGAAGAAGGAACAAAUAUAAUGACAAAUGUUUAUAAUGGAAUGAUAAAUGAAAUAAUUGAUAAUGAAGAUUUAACGGAAUCAAUUAAUUUCUUGUUUAAUCAAAGCUUUAAUAUUUCUUACACAAAUGCUAGUUUUGGCCAAGUCGAUGCAGGUCAAGAAUCAUUGGCAUUCAUCAUUGCUGAAUUCCUUACAAACACUCAUGUAAUUGCUAGUACAGAAAGCAACACAAUUACAAGAAAUACAAUGUCUUAUGACAGUAUAUUUUUCUCUUCAACAAUUGUUGAUAAUAUUUUUAAUUUUUCAAGAACAUUUGUAACAGAUGUUUCUAAUUCUGUUGGUACUUUUCAUUUAGAAUCUUUUAUUGUUAUCUUCAUUGUUUAUUCAGCUUUCUUUUUAAUUAGUGAAUUAGUUUUAGUUCUAUUGUUUAAUUCGAAAAUUUCAAAAACAGUGAAAAGUUGUAAGAAAUUCCCUCCUGAAGUUUUUGAUGCAUGUUCAUCAAAUAUUUUCAUUGCACAGAUAUCAACGGAUGCUCCUAAUUUAGCUGCUUCUAUUUCGAAAACAGAAAGAUCAACAGUUAAAACAACUGUUUUGUAUUUGAUUGAAAUGUUUUUGACUUUGUUUUGUUUAGUUUUCAUUGGUUUGUUUAUUAUGAGAGUUAGACAGAAUCAAAGAAUUAUCAAGGCUUAG